UCAAAAUUGAUAUAUUUGGUUGAGUCUACUUUAAAUUAAAGUUUUAGAUUUGCCCCUGGAAUUAUCAUAGUAAAUGUAAUUUAAUCUUGGCUGUAGACUUUUCCAGGAAAAAAAUUUAUAAAAGAAUAGCUGGGAUUGUGUGGUGAGAAAAGUAAAACAAAAUCUUAAAUUGUCUUGUGUUAACAGAAUAAUGAACGUGAGCAAAGACAGCUGCCCAUAUUUGAAUACUUCUUCAAUACUGGACCCUAUUCAAAUGGUGAUCUAUAUUCCCACAUUUAUCCUGGGCUUCACACUCAACUCAUUCGCUCUGUGGAUCUUCUGUUGUUCCAUGAAAAAAUACACAGAAGCUUCGAUAUAUUUGAUGAAUCUGACAAUCCUGGAUCUCUUUCUUGUUCUGUCUUUACCUAUAAAAAUACACUUCUCCCAAGAUAAAAUCAAGGUGAACAGUCAUCUGUGUGGCUUCCUACAAUCCCUCUACUUUACGAAUAUGUAUGGCAGCAUCUACACAAUUACGUUCAUCAGCUUGGACAGAUACAUAGCCAUUAUGCAUCCUUUCUGGACCAGGGUUCUACGCUCACCCAAAAAGACCAUAAUAAUAUGUGUCAUUAUAUGGGUCUUUGUGUGGAGUGUGUCCUUAUUCACAUUUUUUAACAAAGAAAAAUCGGAAAAUGUUAAAUGCUUUCAUAACAUGUCUGACGACAUUUGGAGUCCUAACAUAAUAAUACCUCUGGAAAUGUUUGGAUUUGUGAUCCCUAUGACCAUCAUGUUGUAUUGUUCUAUUCAGAUCAUCAGGACACUACUGGUCCCCAUUUCUUCCUCAGUAGAGUCUGAAGAAUCCAAGGCUGUUAUUGUACGCAUAAUCAUCUGUAAUCUGGUGGUGUUUGUGAUUUGCUUCAGCUUUACUCAUAUUGGCAUCUUCUUGCAGUUUCUGGCUCGAAGACAGAUCAUUUCAGACUGCACAGUGAGAAAACACAUUAGCAUUUUUCUGCAGGUGACACUCUGUAUAUCUAACAUUAACUGCUGCCUUGAUGCCCUUUGCUACUAUUUUGCAGUAAAAGAAUUCCGUGCCAAACUUAAAUAUAAGCCAAGUGUGAUACAGGUGGAAAAUGUUAACACUUAUGUCUAGACCAGUGAUCUCCAAACUGUGGCCCGGGGGCCAGAUGCGGCCCUUUGAUUGCUUUUAUUCAGCCCUUG